GGUUAUAGUUUUAGUUUCCUCAGCCAACCAAUGUUCUUUAGCAAUGCCAGUCUAAGUGCCCUUCGUCCAACAUGUCCUUAAGAAAGCUCAUUCAGCAAAACCGGAAUGCCAAUUUUGUGGGCUACUGCGUUAGUCCAAGUUACACACCUUACUUGGAUCCAAUGUGCAGUCCCCAGAUGGAUAAUAGAAGAAUUCAGAGUCUGGCAAACACAGUGGGAACGUUACCAAGGGGACGCAAACAGCUUGCUUUAACCAGAUCAAGUUCCUUAAGUGACUCUUCUGAGCCACAAAGACGGCUUCUUGCUAUUGUCAAAGAAGAUAAUGAAACAUUUGGAUUUGAAAUUGAGACACGUAGAUUACAACACCAAAAUGCUUGCUCCCUGCAAAUAUGCACGUAUGUCUGCAAAAUACAAGAAGAAAGUCCUGCCCAUCUUUCUGGCCUGCAAACAGGUGAUAUUCUAGCCAAUAUCAAUGGAGUGAGCACUGAAGGUUUUAGUCACAAGCAAAUGGUGGACUUGAUAAAAUCUUCAGGGAAUUAUUUAAGAUUAGAGACUGUUAAUGGAGCCAGGAUUGUUAGGAGAAUGGAACUUGAAACCAAGCUGCAGUUAUUGAAGCAAACUUUGCAGGAAAAAUGGGUGGAGUUCCGAUCGCUGCAAUUACAGGAACAACGCUUGCUGCAUGGGGAGGUGAAUGACAACAACUUUGACACCCUGGAAUUGGAGUCCAAUUUAUUUGGUAGUGGUGCUUCAUCAAGGCCUGCCUUCCCAAUUAAGCCCCGAUUCUCCAGCGAAAGCAGCUGUAAAAGCCAGCUGAGUUCAAUGACAGUGGACAGUGAGGAUAGCUUCUACCAGACCUAUGUUUUUGAGGAUUCUGCUCAUGAGACUCUGAGCCGACAGUCGAGCACAGAUGAUGAUUGCUUCUUUUCAAGGGACAAUGACACUGCAGUAGGGAAAUAUUCACUGAGGAGGAACAGAAGCAUCAGUCUGGCUAGCAGUGGAUCAAUGUCGCCCUCAUGGGAUGGAGGCAGUUUUUCAAAUAUUUUUGGAACACUCCCACGGAAAAAUAGGAGAGGAAGUGUCCGAAAGCAGCUUUUAAAAUUCAUUCCGGGUCUUCACCGAGCAGUUGAAGAGGAAGAAAGUCGUGUCUGACAUCUUAAGUAUCUUCUUCAGUAGCAAGGACUGUGUUAGUAUCCAUAGACAGAAACUGCAGCAGUAAAACCACAUAGUGCCUGGGAUUCAUACUGACUCACCCAGCCACACCUUUUCCCCCGACAUAACCUUAUGACAGGACUGACAUUAUUUAAAGUGCUGGUUUUUUUUCAUUAUUCUUGAACGCAGCUAGCACACUGUGAACCCAGCUUUGUUAGUACAGAACAGAUUUUCAGGGACUAACUUUGGUAUGUGGAAAAGCUUUGCAGCACCUUCUCAUCGACCCUCAUGUUACCAAUGUAGUCCACUCUGUGUGAGAGUUACAGCUAUUUAUUUCCUACGUUAGCGAGCCAAAUAUUAUAUUCUUCAAAGAACUUUAUUAAAGGGCCUGCUGCUGCUGAAAUCAUUGGCAGAAGUCCCAUCGUGAGCAGGAUCAGGCCCCACAUAUACAAAUGUGCACACCACAAAAGAACAAAACUGUGAAAAGAAGUGCAGUAACUAGAAGUCUGAAGGAUUUACUUGUAUGUUUGUUAACCUUGUUGCCUGAGCUGUGGCUCAGACUAGGGUAUAUUUGAGUUUCUGUAGCAGAGACUAGGGACUUUUAUUUAAAUGCAAUUGUCUUUCCAGUCAGUAAGUUAGCGAGCACAUUUCUCCAGUCAGUCAUGCCCAUAGGACAGCAUGCACAUGCUGCAGGGCCCGUAGCAGUAACUCCUAGGAUAUCAUUGGGAUUUUUCUUGUCUCUUCAUGCUAAUAUUUUAAUACACAUCAGAACCUAUGGCCCACAC